AUCUAUGUCGUGGGAACCUUCCCUGGACCAAUGUGGGGAAUCAUCAGGAAUGCACCUCUACUUAAUCCCAUUCCAUCAUGACAGUGUGCUUUCAGGGACUGUCUGUCAGGAAGAGCAGGGAACUCCUAGGACCCCUUGGCCCUGGGGAGUCUGGAACAGCCAACCUUUUGUUUCUGAAGAUUUUGAUGAUCUAUCAUGGGAAGCUCACGAAGUCAUGUCUUCUUCCUGGGAGUCCUUCCUACAGCUUCUGGUCACAGGACAGGCUAUUCAUUGGUAAGGCUGGUUGUGGUUGCCUGCCGUCUCCAAAGUCAUAGAGCUGCUGAGAGGCACAGGAGGAGUCUGAGACCACGGCCACUAAACUCUAAAACCUCCAUCCUCGUUUGCUAACAGUCCUGAGGCAUCACUGCUGCCUCCUCGUGGCCCCAAAACACUCUGGACUGGCUCCUGGGCCAACAACUUUCUUCCAGUUUCUGAUGUUGUUACUCAUCGUGACCAGGAAAUGUUGGGUUCUUUGCAGAGAAAACCUGCGAGACGCCUGGACCUAACACUGAGGAGGUAAAACCCUGCUGAAAAGGCACGUGAAGAGAAGGGGAUUAACUUGACUGAAUUAUGACAUCAGCUCUAUUCCACCCAGGCUAGUGGGUGACACAGGAGGGAUGGUUGAUGCCCUUGAAAAACUGGGGGUUGGCAGAAUGGCUUCGUUCUCUUGUCAUCUCUUCCACUGGACCAGAUCUAGGCCCAGUCAUGAAGAGCAAGGAUGUGGACCAAGUGGCCAAGCUGGUGCUGGAAACAAGAAGAUCACAUUGAGGUUAAGCCUGCUUGGCACUGAAGAACAAGAAGUGAUCGAGCCACGAUUACCCCGGAGGAAGGGCUUCCUGGGGCUGUGAUGUGAAGAGUGGAAUCACAGAUCACAGAGCAAAGCACAGGGCAGUGCUGUUGGGAUGGCAAAGCGUGCAUGAAGUUCAAAGGGCACCCAGAGAGGAAGUCACAGACUGUGACUCCAGCUGUUUGUGUCCUGUCCAGGACCAGGAGGGACCAACGGAAGAUGAGAUUUCUUCCUCUCUGGCUGUUCUCCUUCCUCAUGAUCACCAAGGGCCGAGAUUGCUUCCUAGAGAGGGAUGAAGGCAUCAAAACAAAACAAGAACUCAUUGUGAAUAAGGAAAAGCCUCUAGGCUCAAUCCAGGAAUAUGAGCUGCUGCUUCAGGUGCACUAUCGAAAUUCCAAGGAGAAAAGAGAGCUGAAGGAAUUUCUGAAGUUUUGUGCGCUUUCCUCAUUUUUCUUACCUGAGCCAGGGAAGAUAAUCAGAGCAAAGGCCACCACGUACUGUGGCUACCAGAACAGGGUCCUGCGCUGUGCCUGUGAAGACAGCUACUCCUGGUUUCCUCCCCAGUGCCUCGAGCCCCAGAAUUGCUCCCUUCUCAAGGCAGGAUCACUCCAGACCUGUGACUGUCAUUCCAGCAACCUCACCCAGAGCAUCUAUUUCUGUGAGAGAACAAAGGUUUGGGGUACUUUCAAAAUUAAUGAGAAAUUUACAGAAGACCUUUUGGAUUCAUCUUCUGCUAUGUAUGCCAAAUAUACCACUGGAAUUGAAAUGCAGCUAAAGGAAGCAUACAAAGGAAUCCAAGGUUUUGAAUCUGUUCAAGUCACCCAGUUUCGAGAUGGAAGCAUUGUUGUUGGGUAUGAAGUUGUUGGUUCCAGCAGCACAUCUGAGCUCCUGUCGGGCAUUGAGCAGAUGGUUGAGAAAGCUAAGACAUAUCUGCGCCAGCUGUAUGCACUUGAAGAAAAUUCUUUCAGAGUGUUCGGAGAAGCCCAGUGUAACAGCAUUGCCUUUGGAUUUGGGUCUGAGAAUGACGAGUACACUCUUCCCUGUAGCCUCGGCUACAUCGGAAGCAUCACGGUCAGGUGCCAACCCUCUGGGUGGCAUAUCCUCGAGGAGAUGUGUGUGCUCUCUGAGCUGGAAGAACUGAAGAAGAAUUCAAGUGAGCUGGCCAACAACGAUACUGACACGGAGGCAGCUGUGUCGUCUCUGGUGCAGAAGCUUUCGAUGGUCAUUCAGCAAAACCCAUCAACCACAGCUGGGAACCUGGCUUCCGUGGUGUCAAUUCUGGGCAGUAUCUCAUCUCUGAAAAAAAGCUUCACGGUGUCCAAUUCAACAAUGGAGAAUGUCAUCAAUAUAGCUGAUCACAUCCUUAAAUCAGCUUCGCUAACCAACUGGACGGUGUUACUGAAGAAAAAAAAGGAUGCCAGUUCCCAGUUACUAGAAUCACUGGAAAACAUCAGCACUCUGGUACCUUCGACAGCUCUGCCUCUGAAUUUUUCUCGAGACUUCAUUAACUGGAAAGGGAUUCCAGUAUCUGCAAAUCUCAGCAAUCAAGGUUACAAUUAUGAAACUGAAUUUCCCCCCCAAAAUACUCCCAGUCCCAUCACAGGCCAUGUGUCUAUUGGGCCAGGUCAAUUCAAGAAGGACCUUCUACAUUCUAUCAUCAGCAUGACCUCCUUGACCCUGGGGAACAUUCUACCCAUUGCUGAAAAUAAAAAUGCUCAGGUUAAUGGGCCCUUGAUAUCCAUUAUUAUCCCAAACUCUUCCAUCGAAGAAAUUUCCCUGACUUUUUCUAAGAUGAAAUUGAAUCUGAGUCAACCUCAAUGUGUGUUUUGGGAUUUCAGCCAUUUGCAGUGGACAGAUACCGGAUGCCACCUAGAGAAUGAAACUGCAAACUUGGUGACAUGCUUCUGUACCCACCUGACCUCCUUCUCCGUGCUGAUGUCCCCCAUUGUCCCCCCUGCCAUCGUCCCCAUUGUGAAAUGGAUCACCUUUGUGGGACUGGGGGUCUCCAUCGGAAGUCUCAUCUUAUGCCUGACCAUCCAAGGUCUGUUUUGGAAGCAGGUCAACAAAAACCAAACCUCACACAGCCGUCACAUCUGCAUAGUGAACAUAGCUCUGUGCCUCCUGAUUGCAGACGUCUGGUUUAUUGUUGCUGCCACGGUGGACACAAACUCUGGCGUCUGCACAGCUGCCGUGUUCUUUGCACACCUUUUCUACCUCUCCUUGUUCUUCUGGAUGCUUCUGCUCGGGUUCCUGCUGGCAUAUCGGGUGAUCUUCGUGUUCCAUCACAUGGCCACACCUUUGAUGGUGGCCGUCGGGUUCUGCUUGGGCUACGGGUGCCCUCUCAUUAUAUCCAUCGUCACCUUUCUGGUCACGCAGCCCAGCAAUGGCUACAAAAGGCAGGAUGCAUGUUGGCUUAACUGGUCCGAUGGGAGCAAGCCUCUCUUGGCCUUUGCGGUUCCUGCCCUGACUAUUGUGGCUGUAAAUUUGGUGGUGGUGCUAUUAGUUCUCACGAAGCUCUGGAGGCCAGCUGUUGGAGAAAGGCUGGCCCAGGACAACAAGGCCACUGCCAAGCGCAUAGGGAGGAGCCUCCUCGUCCUGACCCCUCUUCUGGGGCUCACCUGGGGUUUCGGCAUAGCAACAAUGGUGGAUAGCCAGAAUCUGUCUUGGCACAUUAUUUUCGCAUUUCUCAAUGCAUUCCAGGGUCUUUUCAUCUUGUGUUUUGGAAUUCUCUUGGAUAGUAAGCUGCGACAGGUGCUGCUCAACAAGUUGUCUCCUUUAAGCUGUUGGGACCAGGCAUCAAAGCAGAAGUUAUCAGAUUCAUCUGUCACACUCAGAUUCGAAAAGACUUUCAACCCAUUCCAACAGAAAGGCUGCUACGUAUUUUCGUAUACUAGCGAAUCCUCACACGACAUCAUGCUAACUCAGUUUUCAUCAGCUGAACAAAGCGGGGAAUCCUAAAAUCAAGGAUAAUUUUUUUUUUUUAGUAAAUCGACAUUCAGAGCUCAAUGUCAGUGAAGAAAUGAUAUUCAAUGGAAUUUUUUGAUUUAAAAAUCUGGGAAUAAAAUAAAGAGCUUUCAGCA